CUUUCAUUUAAAACCGUAGGAAGUUUAUUUCGAUGUAAAAUCUUUUUAGUUGUCGCCACCAAUCCCCACCAUGUUAUCUUAUCAAUAAUUAUAAUGCUAGACGCGAUUGUCAUGACAUUACUAUCUUUUUCAAAGUGACAGUCCUUCGAAAAGCUAAAAUGUUAAUUUGUUGAUAGACUUAAUUUUACCCGGAAUUAAACUAAGGAAAUUGCUGCUUGUGAUUUAAUUAUCUUUCCACAACUGACCCAGCCCAAAAUACUGGUAAUAGCCUACAGGCUACAGGUGAAUGGAGAAAAAACAUGGAACCGUUAGACAAUAUGGAAAACACCAGUUUGGCAGACCCAGUCAAUAUUUUGCUGUCGUUGCGACAUGGCAACAAUACAUGUACAAACGACGGCAGUAACCUAAUCAAUAAUCAGGCAGCUUUAAGCCAUGCAGGUGGUAUUAGCUAUACCAGUCACAGUAUGGCCAAUCCUUUAAACAGCUCCAUCACUUUAAGCCAAGCAGAUAAUUCUAAUUUUACUGAGAACUCCUUGAGAAGUGCAAUGAACAGUCCCCUAUCUCCACUACAUGCAGAUAGAAGUUUUCAUGGACAAAGUAUGAGGGACCCAUUGAACAGUCCCAUGACGUUGCCUCCACCGGACAAUGUAGCUUUUACUCCGAGAGACCAAUUGAACAGUCCACUGCCUCAAAGACAUUUGGAUACAGAUUUUGGCAGGCAUAGCAUGAGAGAGUCAAUGAAUAACCCAUUAACAUUAAGGCAUCCAGACAGUGUGGCUGUAAUGAACGCUAGAAAUCAUAUGAACAGCCCAACAUUGCCGCUAAGAAAUACUGAUGUUAGAAAUUAUGGUAACCCAAUGAACACCGUCAUGCCGUUGCAUGAAACAAACUUCACCCAAUCAAAUGUCCAGGACCAAAACAACAGGCAGAUGAGAGAUGGAAGUUAUGCUGAGUCGAGAGUUCGCGAUCUUUUAACUAGACAGAAAGUCGAUAUUAGUUCCCUAGAUUUGAAUAAAAGACAAAUUGGGGAUGGAAGUUUCGCAGAUCCAAGCAUAAAGGACCAAAUAGACCGAGCUUUGAGUGACUCGACUAUCAGAGACCUGGUAAACAGACACAGAACUGAUACAAGUUUUACAGAUCAACUUGAUCGAACCUCGACUGAUAUGACUUUCGCCACUACUAGUAUCACGAAACAUCAGGCAGCUAAUGCUAAUUACACAAAUUUGCAGACCCAAUCAAAUAUCUCAAAAGCUCAUAAACUGUCAGGAAAUCCGUUAUCUUCAUCGAUACUUUCAGAUAAAAAAACGGUGAGAGUUUCGGAAAUUGGCUUGAAGAAUAUUGUAGAAUUGUGUGAAAAUCAUGUCGUAGGUCAAACAAAAUCAGUUCAAGAAAUCGUUGAAAUUUGUGCUAAAAUGGUGGGUUGUGAAUAUUAUUGUAAUCAAAUCGUGUCUUUCUGUAACCAGAUUAUAUCCGAGACUUUGAACAGUAGUCACACGAUUAUAAAUCUGUGUUCGUCAUUUAAACAACUAGAUUUAACCUGGAACCAGAAGGAUGUCUCUGAGAAACCCAAGUACGUUGAUAAAGGUACAUCGACGUCGUCUCAUGAUAUUCCUUCAUCUGAUAAUCAACAAAAAUCAACAGAAACGUUAAAAAUUACACUGUCUACUAAAAAGCCCAAGACGCGGCGAAAAUCUCAUCCAGUCAAAAUAGAACCAAUAGUGGAUCAGGCUACAAACGAUGAUGAUGAUGAUGACGAUGCAAAUCUCGAGGAGGAAGAUGUCGCUGAUUUCGAUUCCUCGUUUGAAUCUAGAGACGAAGAAAAAUUGGAAGAGACGUUUGAUAAAGAUCCAGAAGAGGAGCCUGAAAGUGAACCGGAUUCCGAACCAGAUUCUGAACCCGAAACGAAAACGAAGAAAAAAUCACCGAAAAAGCGAUUAAAGGGAAAAAUAACAUCGGUCAAAAAACGUCAGAAGAAAACAUUUAUUAAACCCUUUACUUGUUCCAUUUGUAACAAGAAUUACAAAUCCAAAAAGUUAUUCGUCAAACACGAGAAAUUACAUUCGGAGGAAGGUCGAGUCACGUGUAAAAAGACGCAGAAGAUUGGUAAAAAAUGUGAAUUGUGCGACGUAGUGUGUUAUCACCCGAGUGAUAUUAAACGUCACAUGAGGAAACACACGGGGGAAAAACCCUACGUGUGUGAAGUCUGUGGUAAGGGUUUCUCGAUAUCACAUAGUUUAAAGACACACCUUAUGAUACACAAUGACUAUAAACCCUUCUCCUGCGAUCUCUGUGAUUACGUUUGUCGUACAGAGAAAGUUCUAAAGCUACAUUCCGUCAUUCAUUCAGGAGAGAAGAAAUUCCAGUGUGACGAAUGUGGCAAACAAUUCGGGCGGAACGAUUCACUGAUUAAUCAUCUCAAAAUUCACUCGGACGUCAAACCCUUCGCUUGUGAUCAUUGUCCCAAAAGAUUCUCUCGGAAGUGGCAUCUUAAGCAGCAUGAAAAGAUACACACAGAUGUCAUGCCAUACUCCUGUGAAAUUUGCGGCAAGCAAUCACGACAGGCCUAUAAUAUCGUGGUUCAUAUGAGGACACAUACAAGACAUAAACCUUUUACCUGUGAAGUUUGUGGUAAACAGUUUGCACAUAGCGUGUCUCUACGGCAACAUAGUAACAUAUGCAGAGAUAAUGGAGGAAACUUGAAAAUGGUGCCCAGUUACACCAAUAAUAUGCCCAGUUAUAGUAAAAGUGUUUACUAAACUUUUGAAUUUGAAAAGUUUUUUUUGUGAAUUUGUCAAGAAUUAUGCAGCCAAUAAAAUGAAGGAUUGAA